CACAACUUUAGUUUGGAGAAGAUAUUGAACAACAACAGUCCAAGAAGAACAUCAUCAUCGAGUAACAAAUAUUUGUAAUGCCGAAGGAAUCAAAGAAGAAGAAGAAUAAUACUAAAAUUGAAAUCACUCACGAGAUGAUGAAACCAUACUUUUACUGUCCUCAAACUCUUGCUGCAAGAUUAUUGGGAGUCAGCAUUAGCACAUUGAAGAGAAGAUUUUAUGAUCUCCAUAUUGGAAGAUGGCCAUAUCAAUGCAUCUCUUUAAGUGAAAGAAAGAAGAGUAUCUACUUUCUUAUGAAUGAAACUGAACCUGAGGAUGAAAAGGAAAUUGAUGAAAAGACAAUGCAUCACCUCAGACAUGCAUUCAAAGAUGCUAGUAAGCCACUUCUCUCAAUGAAUGUUAAUCAAACCACUCAAUUCCACUUUUGCUCAUUCGUUGCUCAAGAAGAAGAAAAUGCCAACUCUGACCAUUCCAAUUCCUUCCAAGAAUCCAAUGGAAAGGCCUUCACUGCACAAGGUCAAGCUCCACAUCUUGGUGGUGGCAAUGGAAAGAAGAUUGUUAUGCGUGAGAUGGAACUUGGUAAAAAGGAAAUGAUACAACGUUCCAAGUCAUCUCAUUCAUUGAGUUCUCUUUCUGGAGAUAACCAUCCACCCUACCACCCUUACAACUCCCCUGCUUUGACCGCUUUUCCAUUGAAAAAGUCUUGUGCGGUCAGUGAUAAUGCUUCCAAUAUGUUGACUAAUACCUAUACUACUCAACCUCAUGGUAUUAGUGCAUUAUCAUCUAACAUUAAGACUUUUUCACCUACCUCACCACACGGUGUUUGGCAGAGUUGCAAUACUAUGAGUUUGUCAGUUAACUAUCCUUCACAAUGUUACGUUUCACAACACUCACCAUUGAGUUGUGGAACAACAAACUCUUCCUCUCCAAAUUCUCCUCCAGCAAUAAUGUUUGGAAUGGGUCACGAAAAUCAUGUCAUUUUGCCUGAGAUUCGUAUUCAAGACACCAUUCAACAUUAAGCUGUGUUGGUGACAAAUUACAUCAUUGAAUUCAAUUGCAUUCAAUGAUGAGCAUUUAUAUAUACCUCAAACUCUGUGUAUUCCAGUUGGAGAGGACGAAAACCUAGCUGUAAUUUAUUGCUAUCAAUUACAGAAUGUUGACAGUUCAACUCCAUGAGAACCUUCUCUUUAGCUGUGGAAUACAAUCAGUGUAAACAACAACAAAACAAUCCUAAUAAAUUAUUUAUUCACUU